CCGGCACCCCCCGCGCGGGCGCGCGCAGGCGCCGUGCGGCCGUUUCCGCUUCCGCCCCGACGUGCCGUCGCCGUCCGGGCCCUGCCGCCGCCGCCGCCCGGGCCGGGCCCUGCGCCGCCGCCGCGGGAGUGCCGAGGCCGGGCCCCGCCGCGGGGGGAGGCCGCGCGGUACAAGCAAGAAUAUUAAAAUCAGCUGCUAGCCAAGAUGUCGCUCUCCAAAAGGGAGCUGGACGAGCUGAAGCCAUGGAUCGAGAAGACGGUGAAGCGAGUUCUGGGCUUCUCGGAGCCCACCGUGGUGACGGCGGCGCUGAACUGCGUCGGCAAGGGAAUGGACAAAAAGAAAGCGGCCGACCACCUCAAGCCCUUUCUCGAUGAUUCCACUCUGAGGUUUGUGGACAAGCUCUUCGAAGCGGUGGAGGAAGGCCGAAGCUCCAGGCACUCCAAAUCGAACAGUGACCGGAAUCGAAAGCGAGAGCUGAAGGAUGUGUUUGGCGAUGACUCUGAGGUCUCCAAGGAAUCUUCUGGUGUCAAGAAGCGACGCAUACCGCGAUUCGAGGAGGUUGAGGAUGAGCCUGAGGUUAUUCCAGGUCCGCCUUCGGAGAGCCCCGGGAUGCUCACCAAGCUGCAGAUCAAACAGAUGAUGGAGGCAGCCACCCGUCAGAUCGAGGAGAGGAAAAAGCAGCUGAGUUUCAUCAGUCCUCCGACGCCACAGCCAAAAAUUUCUUCUUCAUCCCAAUCCGAACGUCUCCCCAUCGGCAACACUAUCCAGCCCUCCCAGGCAGCAACGUUCAUGAACGAUGCCAUCGAGAAGGCCAGGAAAGCUGCCGAGCUGCAAGCCCGAAUUCAGGCUCAGCUGGCCUUGAAACCAGGGCUUAUAGGCAACGCCAACAUGGUGGGGCUGGCUAAUCUGCACGCCAUGGGGAUUGCACCUCCAAAGGCAUUACCUGGACAGAUGAGAGCUUUCACAAAUCAUAGGAAGGUGGAACUGAAGGAUCAGACAAAGCCUACGCCGCUGAUCUUGGAUGAGCAAGGCCGAACUGUUGAUGCGACUGGUAAAGAGAUUGAAUUGACUCACCGCAUGCCAACCCUAAAAGCAAACAUCCGAGCUGUGAAGAGAGAGCAGUUCAAACAGCAGCUUAAAGAAAAGCCCUCCGAAGACAUGGAGUCGAACACUUACUUUGACCCUCGGGUCUCCAUAACCCCAGCCCAGCGUCAGAAACGCACCUUUAAGUUCCAUGAAAAAGGCAAAUUUGAGAAAAUUGCGCAGAGGUUGCGAACGAAGGCGCAGCUAGAAAAACUGCAGGCAGAGAUCUCUCAGGCUGCCAGGAAGACCGGGAUACACACUUCUACCAAGUUGGCCCUUAUCACCCCCAAAAAGGAGCUGAAAGAGGGGGAGAUCCCGGAGAUAGAGUGGUGGGACUCCUACAUCAUCCCUAACGGCCUCGACUUAGCAAGAGGAACACCAUCAAAGAGAGAAGAAUACUUCGGGAUCACAAACCUUGUGGAGCACCCAGCGCAGCUAAAUCCCCCAGUGGACAGUGACACGCCAGUGACCCUGGGCGUUUAUUUAACUAAAAAAGAGCAGAAGAAGUUACGGCGACAGACCCGGAGGGAAGCACAGAAGGAGCUGCAGGAGAAAGUCAGGCUGGGCUUGAUGCCACCGCCAGAGCCCAAAGUAAGAAUUUCCAACUUGAUGCGAGUGCUGGGGACAGAAGCUGUUCAGGACCCAACGAAAGUCGAAGCUCAUGUUAGAGCACAGAUGGCAAAGAGACAGAAAGCUCAUGAAGAAGCAAAUGCUGCAAGAAAGCUAACAGCAGAACAACGAAAAGCGAAGAAAGUUAAAAAGCUCAAAGAAGAUAUUUCACAGGGAGUUCACAUAGCUGUGUACAGGGUCAGAAAUUUGAGCAAUCCAGCAAAAAAAUUCAAAAUUGAGGCGAACGCUGGCCAGCUGUACUUAACAGGCGUGGUGGUUUUACACAAAGACGUCAACGUGGUGGUGGUAGAAGGAGGCCCGAAAGCACAGAAGAAAUUCAAACGUCUUAUGCUCCAUCGAAUAAAAUGGGAUGAGCAAACAUCAAACACAAAGGGAGAGGAUGAUGACGAGUCUGAUGAGGAAUCUGUUAAGAAAACAAACAAAUGCUCUCUGGUUUGGGAGGGCACAGCAAAGGAUCGCAGCUUUGGCGAAAUGAAAUUUAAGCAGUGCCCCACUGAGAACAUGGCACGGGAGCACUUUAAAAAGCACGGAGCAGAGCACUACUGGGACCUGGCCCUGAGCGAGUCCGUGCUGGAAUCCACAGACUGAGGGUGCUGCCGCCCCCAGCAUUCCUGUUCGCUUGAGAACGAUACCUCGCGGGAACUUGGACGAGCCCCUUCCUCCCCUCCGGUCUCCACAGUACAAGGCAUAUGAUUAAAGAAAUAUUUUUUAAAACAAACCACAGUUACACUUGUUUUCUGGAUGAAUUCAGCUCUUGGAGCUCGCGGUGCGAAACCGCUGGAUGGUAGCAGCCAGCCGCAAGGCUGCCGUCAGCUGUGCUUGUAGGUGUCUCUUGCUUUCUCUGGAAAGGAUUCAGUUUUGGGGUAGUGGGAGAGAAACUGUUUUCAGAACUAUCUGUAGUCCUUCAGGAAAAACGAGCGGUCUCAGACUGAGGUACUAGCGCCUCGCUCCUGGCCAGGGUGCUUGGUGCCUGUAAAGGGCGUUUCCUCGCUGGGGAAGCGGUUUGGGUGAGCCCCGUGGUCAAGAGGGCAGGUAAGGAGCGGUGGAGUUUGUAAAGCAGAGUAGGAGACGGGGACUUAGCCCACAUCCUAUAUUUACAUAAUAAACUUUUUUUAAAAGGAA